GGAAAUGUGAGAGCGUUCAAUUCAUGAGUUGAAGAGGAAAUGUAGAGGGGAAGGAAAGGUUGGGAAUUAAAAAUAAUUACAGUGUUAUGGUAUACCGGGACCAAACUGAUCGACAGCCCUGGUGAGGGGGAUACCGCAGCGGAGAGAUGGAUGAAUACGAUGAACUUUACGGUAUCGAGGAUGACUUUGAACAGCAGUUCGCGGACGAUCUUGAAGCCCUCGCCGAGAUGGAGUACGAGCCUCCUCCCCCAGCGAGGGUGUCCGGGUUCAGGACGAAGCCGCAGUCCUUCGAGGAGGCCAUCGCUGCCGGGGACGCCCUCGUGAAGCGCCGGGGCGGCGCCCAGAACUCCGGGCCCCCCGGGGCACCUGGGGGCUCUGCUGCCGGCCCGGAGGGCCCCCCCGCGGAGGACGGCUUCCCGGCGGAGCAGCUGACCCCCCGGCCCAAGCGGCGGAGACGCGAGGCCGUGAAGAAGCUGCAGUUCACGCAGACGGGCGGCGGGGAGCCGGAGGACGACAUCAGCCCACCCUCCUCCCCCGAAGAUUACAGCACGUUCAGACGCAGCAGCGUGCAGGCAGAGUCCCGGCAGGCUCUGGACAUCAGCGGGCUGGCCGAGCUGCAGGAGACCCCCCGGAGGGAGCCCCGCGGGCCGGAGAGGCACGUUCUUCACCGACCGCCCCCCUCGGGGGGCUACAUCAGUGUCACCGACUCCUCGGGGAACAGAGUCUACCUGGCCAUGAAGGACGAGGACAGCAGGGCUGUGGACACCCAGUCGCUCAGGAGGACCCAGUGGUCUCUGGGGCUGUUGUCUGUGCCCAUUGAGCAGCUGAGGGAGCAGGUGGCUGAAAAGCGUCAUCGGCAGUUGGUGGAGGAGUCUCAGAGGCUGAGCGAGCUACUCAACAGUCGUAUUGACCAGGAGUUCGGGGAGCAGGAUGGCGCGGAGCAGGUGCAGGAGCCUGAGGGAGAGGGUGAGGAGAACGAGAGAGGGGAUGAAGAAGAGGACUUCAGCUCCUCCCGACUCUGGGUGGACAGAUUCUCACCGCGGCACUUCACUGACCUGCUUAGUGAUGAUUACACUAACCGCUGCCUGCUCAAGUGGCUGAAGCUGUGGGACACCGUGGUCUUCGGGAGGGAGAAGCCAGUGAAGAAGGCCAAGCCGGCACAAGAUGGGAACCAGUCCCUCAGCGGCAGAUGGCAGCAGAGAGAGCAGCAGAACCAGCGGUUUAAGACCAAGGCCCAGAUCACAGAGGAGAUCCUGGAGGCCGAGCUGGACCAGUACAAAAGGCCCAAAUACAAGGUGGCGCUGCUGUGUGGGCCGCCGGGCUUGGGCAAGACCACUCUGGCGCAUGUCAUCGCAAAGCAUGCUGGGUACAACGUUGUGGAGAUGAAUGCCAGCGACGACCGGAGCCCCGAGCUCUUCCAGAAGAGGAUCGACACGGCUACGCAGAUGAAAUCCGUCUUGGGGGCCAACGAGAAACCCAACUGCCUGGUGAUCGACGAGAUUGACGGCGCGCCCUCCGCGGCGAUCAACGUCCUGCUGGCCACCCUGAACCGUAAGGAGAGCCGAGAGGAGGAGGCGGAGGGGGCGCCCAGCAGCCUCGGGAAGAACAAGAGGAAGAAGAAAGAGUCGGUGUUGCUGAGGCCGAUCAUCUGUAUCUGCAACGACCUGUAUGUUCCUGCUCUGCGGCAGCUACGCCAGCAGGCCUUCCUAUUGGCCUUUCCUCCGACACAACCCUCCCGACUGGUCCAGAGACUCACUGAGAUCUCGAAGAGGCAGGGGAUGAAGGCGGACACGGGGGCUCUCAUGGCUCUCUGCGAGAAGACCGACAACGAUAUCCGUUCCUGCAUCAACACGCUGCAGUUUCUGCAUGGCCGUGGGCGAAGGCAGCUGGACCAGCGGAUGGUGCAGUCCAUGACAAUCGGGCUGAAGGACCAGAAUAAGGGGCUGUUCUCCGUGUGGCAGGAGAUCUUCCAGCUGCCCAGAGUCAAGAGGAAGAGGGCUGGCCAGGAGCUGUCCGUGGGCCUGGAGGAGGGCUCUGGGCCGGGCAACGCCAACUCCACACAGAGACUGCCGCACAUCUUGCAUCUGGCCUCUUCCGCGGGCGAGCACGAGAAAGUCGCGCAGGGGCUGUACGACAACUUCCUCAAUAUGAAGCUGAAGGACCCCAGCCUGCGGGGAAUAUGCGCGGGGCUGGAGUGGCUGGGCUUCACGGACCUGCUGGCCGAGACCAUGAUGCACGGCCAGAACUUCUCCCUCAUGAGAUACCUGCCCUUCCUGCCUGCUGCCUUCCACCUGCUCUUUGCAGCCAACAACGUGCCCCGCAUUGCCUACCCCAACAGCCAGUACGAGGCCCAGGCCCGAACCCAGCAGACCAAGAACGUGCUGACGGCCAUGCUGGCCGACAUCCACCCCGUCAUCCGCAGUCGCACGGGCCUGCACGCCCUGUCCCUGGACAUCCUCAGCCUCCUGCUGGACGUCAUCUGCCCCAGGCUGAGGCCGGUGAACCCCCAGCUGUACAGCGCGCGGGAGAGGCAGCAGCUCCUGGAGCUGAUCGACACCAUGCUGUCCUAUAACCUCACCUACCUGCAGAGCCGCACCCCCGAGGGGCAGUACAUCUACGCGCUCGAGCCCGUGUGCACUGUGGGAGACAGUCGCUGGAGUGAGCAGAGGGUCACACACGCGGAGCACAGCUGGCUCAGGGAAUCCACUUUCUCCCGGCCUGUCGCCACCGGCGCUGCUGAGAGAAGCGUCUUCCACACGUCCCCGGAGCUCGAACUUUCAGGAAGAGCUACAAACUGCACAGGACCCCGAAACCGGGCCUGAGAGACGCAAGACCAGGGCCUCCUACCUUAAGGGCCGCCUGCCAGAGGCAAGGGAAGGGGUCACCUGCUGAGGAAGCCCGAGGAGAAAGCUUUGCG